AAAGAAACUACACAUUUAAUGAAUUGACUUCCUUUCAGGGCCUUCAGCCUUCGCCUCUCUUCUCAGACCAGCGAGGAAAAGGAAAAGCAGGAAAAACAAAUAAAAUCCUGUCCAGAUCCAGAGAAAUUUCAAUCCGAACCCGACCCGACCAAAAUGUUUCUAUUGGAUUGGUUUUACGGCGUGUUGGCUUCCCUCGGGCUAUGGCAGAAAGAAGCUUAGAUCUUGUUCCUCGGCCUCGACAAUGCCGGCAAAACCACGCUCCUUCACAUGCUCAAGGCCGAGAGGUUAGUACAGCAUCAGCCGACGCAAUAUCCGACGUUGGAGGAGCUGAGCAUCGGAAAAAUCAAGUUCAAGGCGUUUGAUUUGGGUGGACAUCAGAUUGCCCGUAGGGUUUGGAAGGAUUAUUAUGCCAAGGUUGAUGUUGUGGUGUACCUAGUCGACUCGUAUGACAAGGAGCGUUUUGCGGAAUCCAAAAAGGAGUUAGACGCACUCCUUUGUGAUGAGUCUCUUGUAAAUGUCCCGUUUCUUAUUCUCGGAAAUAAGAUCGACAUUCCAUAUGCUGCCUCGGAAGACGAGCUUCGGUAUCACCUCGGUCUAGCUGGCGUGACCACCGGAAAAGGGAAAGUCAACCUUGCUGAUUCCAACGUGUGCCCGUUGGAAGUGUUUGUGUGCAGCAUUGUGUGAAAGAUGGGUUAUGGUGGAGGCUUCAAAUGGAUGUCACAAUAUAUUAAAUAGCGUAAAUAGGGUUAUGAAUUGUGAUCAAAGGGGAUUCAUGAGAUCAAAGCCAUGAAUCAAAACAGAGGAAUGGAGUUAUUGUACAAAUACUGGAACUUAAACUUCAAUUCAAUAAUGUGAGAGGUGGUUUUGGGUCAUUGUUGAAGCCAUGAAAGGAUUGAAACUUUGAAGCAUUUAAAAGUGGGGCAAGUUUUAUUCAAUAUUCUUUUUUGGCUGACUUGAUAGUUGAUAGUUGAUACUACUUUCUCCAACUUUCUUGGGCAGCAUUUGUCCUCAUUGUGGUCUCAAUUAUUAUCAUUUUUAAA